CGUUGUUGAUUACUUAGAAAGUGGCUUCAAACCUUUCACGCGCAAAAGACAAGCGCCGAAGCCAAGCCUGCCAACCCAUUUCUAGACACCAUUUCGUAUAAAUAAUAAUCUCUCUCUUAAAUACUUGAAAUAUAAAUACCCGCUUGCCCAAAAAGACCGAGCCUCCUGGAUCUCGAUCUCUCCGGUUUAAUAACUUCAAUAUUUCCGGCCGAGAUCUCGAUCUUCCCUAAUUUAAGUACAUCCGAAUAAUGGCUCCGGUUUCCGCUCUCGCCAAGUACAAGCUGGUUUUCUUAGGAGAUCAGUCUGUGGGCAAAACCAGUAUUAUCACUCGUUUCAUGUACGAUAAAUUCGACAACACCUAUCAGGCUACCAUCGGUAUAGAUUUUUUAUCAAAGACAAUGUACCUUGAAGACCGAACAGUUCGAUUGCAGCUUUGGGAUACUGCAGGACAAGAAAGGUUCAGGAGUCUCAUUCCUAGUUAUAUCAGGGAUUCUUCUGUUGCUGUGAUUGUAUACGAUGUUGCAAGCAGACAGUCAUUCCUAAACACUUCUAAGUGGAUUGAAGAGGUUCGCACUGAGCGGGGCAGCGAUGUUAUCAUUGUUCUUGUUGGGAACAAAACAGAUCUUGUGGACAAAAGGCAAGUUUCAAUUGAGGAAGGAGAAGCCAAAGCUCGUGAACUAAAUGUUAUGUUUAUUGAAACUAGUGCAAAGGCUGGCUUCAAUAUAAAGGCACUGUUCCGGAAAAUCGCUGCAGCAUUACCAGGGAUGGAAACACUUUCUUCAACAAAGCAAGAAGAUAUGGUUGAUGUUAAUCUGAAGUCUUCCAACACAAAUGCAUCUCAGUCACAACCUCAGUCUGGAGGAUGUUCUUGUUGAUGUACAUGGUCAACUGAAGCAGUUCCUUCUUUGCGAUAAUUUCCCUAUAUUCUUCAAGUGUCUGUAAAGUUGUGUCAUUAUCCCCUUUUUUGUAGCAUUUGGCUUUGGGGUUUGGUCGAGUGGUAAGAGAUUUUAAAUUGGAAGAGGAUAUUAAUAUUAUUGUGGUAGUUAGGCUAGUCCUAACCUGCUCCGAUGUAUACACACAUAUAUGUUUGUUUUGGAGUAAGAGAUAUUUGUGCCAAAUUUUCUCUUAGAAAUGUAUCUAGGUUUUAGU